CCAGGAUCAACACUUGGUCCCUCAGAUUGUCCUUCAGCCAGCAAGCAACCAAGAUGACGACGCUGAGAUCUCCACUGUUGUCCCUCCUCCUCCAACUCGGGGACCGCCCCCUCCCCCUUUCUCCAGUCCUGCCUUGUUAGAGGUUCCGAGAUUCUCCAGACCACCCAGAAGGUGUAGUAGCACACAGGAUGGCCGUUCCUCUCAGUCUCGCCCCGACUUCAGCCCGAGAUCCAUCCCUCAAUCACUGACGGGGCCUCUCCAUCCCUUACGCAUGCACCCACCCGGUCUCACAAGCUCGGCAACCAUGCCAGCAACGCCAGCCAUCGGUCGUCCGGGCUUUCAUUCCACGGCUUCAAGCACUUAUCCGAACCUUCCAAGCACUCAUCCCACUCCUGCAAGGCCUCCCACCCUGUAUACAGACGAAGUCAAGGAUGCGGUCGGAAGAAUGCUGGCAGCCAAUGCCGCAUUAGGACCGGAGGAGACCGACGCACCAGCACAGGAGACCGAGCCAACAACCACCGAGCGUCCCAGCCUAGGCCGCCGCCUCUUGCGGAAGAUAUCGAUGUCCAACUUCCCGGCCCACCGUCUCUUCCCCUCCAGGAACAAGCCCAAGGAUGCGGCAGCAGGUGGCCCCCAGCCACCACUCACCAUCCGGCACAUCAUCACCGGCAGCACGACGACACCCCUGCUGCCACUCUCGGAGGCGUCGGAACAGGCGGAGCUGGUGCCUGAAGACCAGCUCCGUCUGAACGAGGCGGGCAACGUGCUGAAGCGGGAAAAGGCACUGAGGGUUCUCGGGGACGGGCCCAAGCUUCCCUCCGGGUUGCCCACCGAGGCGCGGGACGCAAGCUGCUCGGACGAAUCCCUCGCGGCAGCAGCACACAACCCGUUCGCGUCGGAGCGCGUGCUGACCAGCGCGCUGGACUCGUGCCUGCCGGGGGAGCCUGAGGGAUCCUCGACCCCGCCGAGGCCCGGGCCUGUGCCCGCUUCUUCGUCCUUCACUUUCGGCUGUCCUCCUCCGCCGGGGCGCGACAGCCCCAUCACCACCACCGCCAACACGACCACAACCCCGUCCCCAUCUUUCUUCCCGCCCCCCUCCCCCAUCCACAAACACCAACCGUCCCCCAACUUUCCCCCCUUCGACACCCCUCACCACCACCCGCUGGGCCCGCGACAUUCCGGCUCGUCACACGACGGUGCCCGACACAUACUUGGGACGGUCAGCUCAGACUCGACGGGUGCUAUCCCAGGUGUGGUGGUGUCAGGGCCGAGUCGUGUUCCGCCGCCCCCGCCACACCAUCAACAACAACAACAAGUCCCGGAUGCCGGCCCGCGGCGUAAGCGGCACCCUGCUCUGCCGAGGGAGGACCUUGAGAGGCUUGAGAGGGAGUUUAUAGUGCGGUUUCCUGGGGUGGUUGGUUGUGGUGGUGGUGGUGGUGGUGGUGGUGGUAGUGGGUUGCUGCCGUUUGGGGAGGGGAUGUCUGGGCCGUUUGGCGGGGUUGGGGGCGGGUUGGUUGGCGGAGCAGAGGAGGAGGGGGAUGAGGAGGAGGGAAAGGAUGGGGUGCGGCAGCCGCCGCCGGGUUUUUUCUAAGGUCCAAC